GAAAUGAAGAAAGAAUCACUAAGUACAUGCUUGCCUUCAGUCAACUUGGCCGACAGUGAUCAUUUAUUAAUUUUGUUAUUUAAUGCAUACCGAAUAUUUUAUUUAUUUGACUUUGCUCUAAUAUAAUAUUGCGUGCUGCAGUAUGUCUGAUCUGCUGCUGGCGCUGGUUCGGGUCUCUGAGAAGGCAGCGAACAUCGCUCGAGCCUGUCGACAGGAGGAGACCCUAUUCAGCCAGCUGAUCCAAAAGAAGCAAGACGUGGAGAGGAACAAUGCCAUAGUGGCGGACUUUAAGACCCUGGCAGAUGUGCUGGUACAGGAGGUCAUCAAACAUGACAUUGGGAAGAAGUUCUCUGACCUUAAAGAUCAUAUUUAUGGGGAAGAAACGAAUGAGUUUAAGAACGAGUUAGGUGAGAAGAUCCAGGUGAGGAUGUUUGAAGAUGUUGAGGACACUGCCAGGCUGCUCAGUAAAGUUUUAGGUGGCAACAUGCGGGUAGCAGAAGUUCUGGCCGUAGCGGCGCAUCAGGACGUGCCCAUCACAGACCUGCAAACCGACCCCAUAGACAUCCCUUUACAGGGCCUUGGGCUUUGGGUGGAUCCCAUUGAUUCAACAUACCAGUACAUCAAAGGCAUCAGUGAUGCACUUCCUGUUGGUGGAUUGUACAGUCAUGGGCUACAAUGUGUGACGGUGCUGAUUGGUGUAUAUGACUUACAGACUGGACUUCCUGUCAUGGGCGUUAUGAAUCAACCAUUUGUUACUCUGGAUCCAAUGACUAACAGAUGGACGGGUCAGUAUUUCUGGGGCAUUUCGUCAGGCUCCAUCAACCUCAGUUCUGUUACCCCAGCAUUAGGGAAACAGAAAGUGGCUGCUCCGUCACGGGAGUCCGGCCUCUCUGCUGUUUUGAGCACGAGCGAUUCUGAGCACGUGCGGACCCUCCUUCAACAGGGUUGUGAGGGACGAGUCAGUUUUGCAGCAGGGGCUGGUUACAAGUGCCUGUGUGUGAUAUUGGGCCUUUCUGAUGUGUACGUGUUCAGCCAGGACGCCACUUACAGGUGGGACUGUUGUGCACCGCACGCCAUCCUCCUGUCACUAGGGGGUGGUAUAGCCAAUCUGAGAGAGUGCCUAAAAUCGAAGCAUACUGGAACAAUGAAGGAAUGGGUGGAGUUGGUGUACAAUACCCCUGUGGAAGGUGUUUCAGGACCAGAGAAAUGGGCGAACAAAGGUGGACUUGUCGCAUACAGAUCUAAAUCUGACCUGGAAACGGUUCUUUCUCUGCUGUCAACGAUUAACUUAUAAAUGUGCAAUAUUGAAUGUGCAGUUCAAAUUUUAUUGUUCACUUUUUAUUUAUUGAGUAUUAUUUGCCUGGUCAGUAAUCAUCAUUCAGAAAACACGCCUUGCCCUAGCAACUACCCAGAUCGCCCUAGCAACCACAUAGCAAGCCUUAAUCUUAGAAAAAAAAUUAAAUCUAGUUUUAUUUGAAUUGCUUCACAUUAUGUGCUGUUAUUCGAUGUACAUGUUAUAAAAGUGGCUAUGAGUACAUCACGGUUACAUUAUGCAAAACUGACAUAAGGGAAACGUAAUGGCAAAAGGAGAGUUUGAAAAUGUUUAUUGCUGUUUUUAUUGCCAAAACAUGUUGAUUUGUUUAAAUAAAAAAUUGAUGUUAUAGGUUUUGAAAGUGCAUCGGCUGCAUGCCAGCAAUUUCUAGUACUCUAAUAUGUGUUCUUAUUUAUUGUUAUGCCAAAAAAUAUUUUUGGUGUAAAAGUGUAUUGCUUUUAUCCCAGUCAGCAUGUUCCCUCAGGAAUGAACAAAUGCUUUAUGGUCACAUUAUUUCAAUAUUUACUGCCAUUAAAGUAAUUUUACACGUAUUAAAGUAUCUGGUCGU